GUACAGAGAACUGGAAAUUUUAAGGUUUUUCCUUUUCACCCUUGUGAAAUUAGAAUUCGAGCCGUCAUAUUUUCAUUUUUACUCGACUGAAAUGUUUCUUUCAGUUUUCCGUUCUUAUAAUAUAGCAAUAAAGUUUCAUCCUUGACUGCUGGUUAUUCGUGAGUUUAAACCAUGUCCGUAGUGUUCACAAUUACUCGGUUUUCUUAGUUUCUACAGCUUUAGCUACAAGCCAGUUCUGAAUUUGUACUUAAAUUAUGGUUGAUUUCUAUAUUUCCCACUUUUAUUAUGUGCUUCUUGUGUGUUUAUCCUCCUUUUUGAUAAAGGAAACUCCUCCCCAGAAAUGAUCGUUACAGAGAAAUGUUUCACUCCAAAAGUAAUCAAGAGAUAGCCACUGAGGCUGCUGCUCGCAUUGGCUCGUCUUUUAUUCAAGGCUCAAAUUUAAAACCAGGAAACAACGCAGUUGAUCAGAUGAUUAUUCAAAAAAAUCCAAAUGAUCUGUUCGCCACAGAGCUAGAGAUUAAUGACACGCCAUUGGCCACGCGUAAUCUCCUCACAAAAGGAAUUACUCAAGAAGAGAUCAGUAGCAUAUCAGGUGCUUCAAUAUCUACACGUGGGCGGUAUUUUAGUCCAGCAGAGAAGGAAAAAAUUGAUGGCAAGUUUCUCACUAGUGAUCGGCCCUUGUAUUUGCACAUUCAUGGUCCCACCCGACAGAGUUUAGACCUGGCCAUGCAAAAAAUCCACUGCCUUAUCAGAGAAACUUCCAGGAUGGAACCAAUCAACAGGUUUAAACAAACUCCUCCACCAAUGAUGACCAUGCAAACAGGACAGCCAAGCAUGGAGAAAGUACUGGUAGGCAUGGAUCAUGCCCCUCCCGCAUUUGAUGUUCGCAGCAAGGUCUUGGGCCCAAACAAUACAAACCUUCUCUACGUUAGUCAUGAAACUGGUUGCAAUGUGACUUUGCGAGGACGUGGUUCUGGCUUUAUCGAACCUGGAUCAAAUCAAGAGUCUCCAGAGCCUCUCCAUGUCUGCAUUGAGCAUAUGAAACCAGAGAUGGUUCAAGCUGGCAGGCAAUUGGUCUGCAACUUAAUUGACACCAUCCAACAAGAACUUGCCUUACAUCCAACAUCUCUACAGCAUCCACCUCCCCAAAUUCAGCUUCAACAAGGUCAGCAGUGUGUCCAGACUGUGAGCAUGGGUCAAGGAGGUCUUGUGACACUGCAGCCGAGCGGAGAUCAACUGGCGGCUGGGAUGGUUGCGACAUCCAUUGCACUGCCUGUCAUGACAACGCAGCCAGUAACAGCCCAGCUGGUGUCAGUGCCUCCACCUUCGCUGGGCGUUCCUCCUCCGCAAGCACCGCCUUCAGUGAGUCAGGCCACACAGUUAGCUCUCCCGCCACCAGGCAUACAUAUCCCAACACACGCAGGACCAAUGAUUCCCUCGCAACAGAAUGUUGUUCAACACCAAGUAUUGUUGCAACAGCAACCUCCUCCAGUUACCGUUACCACUUCACAGCCACAACAGGUGCUGGUUAGUCAUUCCGGAAACACAAUAACGAAUUCUACUUUUUCAAAUGGGAUCAUUGCUCAACAAUCCUCACUUCCCAUUCAGUAUGUUCAAACCGCCAACGGAACGAUCAUGGCAGUACCAAGUCAACCACCGAUAAUUAGUCACCUUGUUCAUCAACCUUCAAUCACUAGUCAGCCCCCACCGUCCAACAGUAUUCAGAGCAGCAUUCCUCCGCCGAACAUUUUGGGUCAGCCACCAACGGGAGUGCCACCACCAGUUCUUCACCAGCAAGUACAAGUUGCGCACCUCCAGCCCCAAAUCCUCCAGCACCAAAACCAGCAGGUAAUGUUGCUGCAGUAUCAUCAACAAGGUCAGGUGGUUCAACAACCAGGACAAGUCAUCCAACCAGGUCAGAUAACCAUCGACCAGAGUGGGAUGCAAGGGCAUUUUGUCACUGAGCAGCAGCCCAGCCUGAUACAGCAGCAACCAGGGAUCCAGGGAGUCCCAAUUCAGCAGCAAGGCAUACCACAACAGCAAAACAUUAUCCAGCAUCAGAUCAUUUCCCAGCAGGGCUUCCCACAGCAGCAAACGUUACAGCAUCAAAAUGUACUGCAGCCGGGCUUGCCGCACAGUAUGAUUCAACAACAGGUGCAGCAGAGUAUUCCACAGCACACGAUCCAGCACCAGACUAUGACACAAAUGAUGCCGCAGCAACAAGGCCUACAACAGCACAGCAUACACCAACAACAAGGCAUGCAUCCUCCACCAAUGCAUCAACAGCAAAUCAUAACGCAGAGUUUGCCCCAGCAACAGAAUCUGCUUUCCCAGCAGAAUGUCAUGCAGCGUCCCCAGUUUGCACAAAGUAUGCCCGAGUCAGAGGGUCAGCACUAUCAGCAGCAGCUGCCAAUGAAUCAAUCAUCGUUUGAGCGAAUGAAACAGCUAGGAGCGCAACAGUCUCAGCAUUCACAGCAACAGCAAUCGAUGCAGCAGUCGCAAGAGCAGCGAUCCCAGCAAGCGCAGGAACAACUGAUGCAGCUUGCGCAUCAGCGAUUGCAGGUGCCCGGUGGACAGUCGAGCCAGGGCUCUCCGCAGAAUCGGCCCUCACCACCGCACCAAGGCAGGCAGUCACCCAACGUUUUACUGUCCCCACAGUCAAAUGUCCGCAUCAUGUCGCCCAUGCAGACUGUCAAACAUCAAGCUCAGAAGCGUUCUUAUGAUGAGUACACUAAUGCUCCGCAGCCAGUUCCUGCUCCUAACGCAAGACCACCAAGACAUUGCCUAGUGCGACAAGGCAUUGGUAGUAAUGAGCAACACGGCAACUCAAACAGCAAUAUAAUCGGUGCCGAAAGCGGACGCCCGCCACCGGAGAAGCAAUUAAUGCCGCCCCCUCCCCCUCCUGCUUCUGGGGUGCCAGAUAACUGGAAAGAAUCAUCCCAAAAAUCAUCAGUAUCAGUACAUGGAGAUGGAAAGCCUGAAGCCAAAAGAAUGCGUCCAAACCAUGGUGCUUUCAGCGACAGUGAUAGCGGAAGAGGAGUGGAUCGGCCGACGUACACUCACUAUUCGUCAAAGCCUCAGAUGUACAACAAUCAAAUGCCUUUUCACAUGCAGGGGCUGGGGAUGUGCCCGCCUCCACCACCCCCUCCCCCAUUACCGCUGGACGGAGCCUAUCAGCAGCAGGUGAGCUUCAGUUCGUCAAAUGAUGGAGCGGGGUAUCAAAAUGCAGCACAGCAGCAAGCGCAGAUGCCACUUCAGCAGUCAGCUCCAUCUCCUGGGAACCACCAAUCACAGCCGCCUCAACCACAGCAACAGCAGCAGCAAUUGCAACAACCGCAGCAGCCCCCGCCACCUCAGCACCAAGAUCAGCAACAACAGCAGCAGCAGCAGCAACAACAACAGCAGCAACAACAACAGCAGCAGCAGCAGCAGCAUCAACAACAAUCACAACAACAGCAGCACCAUCAACAACAACACCAACAUUCCCAGAACUAUCCUUAUUGGAUGAACCAGCAAUGAAAUAAUGAUGUGUCAAGGAAAAUGUUUUGUACAGCCAUUUGUCAAGGAAUCUAGAAUCUGAGAAAACGUGAAGUACGAGGAUUCAUUAGAGAAUGAAGAAGCUCGAGAGAACUGAGGUAAUUCAUGAAGGAACCUACACUAAGAACUGGAGUAUUUUGUCUCUAGCUGCUCCAAAACCCCUUUUUCUUUAGUGGUCGUCUCUUUAUUUUUGGCUUCAAAAAAUUUGCCAUAAAAAUGGACAAAUUUAGAGAAUCUUUGAGAGAAUUCAGCGAAAUAAGUGGCGAGAUCUGUGAAAUUCAAGAGAGAAUCAAGAAGCCGAAACAUUCAAGAAUUUUGGAUGCUGCGUUUUUAAAAAGUAGCAGUAUCCAAAUCUCAAGAUUCAUAAUCAGUCUCUUCAUCUAAAGUAAGUCGUGUGUAAAAAUACAUUCAUUAAAUCACGAAUCUGUGUAUGAAUGACAGUUUUGCCUUUUCUGAAAUGAAACAAGAAAGGCGGCUUUUUUUAUCGAAGCAGUCCAGUUGGGCAUGAAGUUGUCGGUUUUGUGAUGCAUGAUUAAAAAUCAUUUAACUUUAAUCCAUCUCUUUUUCAUCUACAAAUUGAAAGAAUGAACAAAAAUUAGGAAGAUCGAUCUGGAAAUUCUUUGUAGAUGUUCCGCAAAUUCUCUUAAGUUAGUUCUUGUUACUUGGAUUUUAGUUGUUUGAAAGCAAUAAUUUUACUCUGAUUCAUCCAAGGACUGGAUUGUACUGUAUGCUUAAACAAAUUUUGAAUCAAGUGAAAUUUAAACAUAGAAAACUCCAUUUCUGAUCCUUUGUUGAAAAGCAAAAUUGGUUGUUGAUUCAUUUGAAAAAAAAGGAAAAUCUUGUCUUUCAAAUAGUCAGUAGUUAUAAAGUAUCAUUCGUGAUCUAAAAUCAAAUGUAAUUAUUUUGAAUUUUUAGGAUACAUUUUUAUGUACAGAUGUACAGACAGAACCUUCAUGCAAUCUGUCAAUUAAAUCAUUUGUUUCUUGAACGAAAUUU